AUGCCUCCAGUAACAGGUAGUACCAAGAAGACGACGACAUCAACAACGUCGAAAACAUCUUCAGCAUCAGGUAAAACAUCAAGUGGUGCAUUGAAAAAAGGCAAAAAGAAAAUAGCCGCUGCACCAUUAAAAUCGAAAGUUGAAAGCAAAAAACUUGUCAAUCCUCUAUACGAAAAACGAGCGAAGAACUUUGGUAUUGGUCAAGACAUUCAACCCAAACGUGAUUUAACACGUUUCGUUAAAUGGCCACAAUACGUCCGUGUCCAACGUCAACGCAGCGUUUUACUUAAACGUUUGAAAGUUCCACCACCAAUCAAUCAAUUUACACAAACACUCGAUAAACAAACAUCGACCCAAUUGUUCAAAUUACUUGAAAAAUAUCGUCCAGAAACACGUGCUGAAAAGAAACUUCGUUUAAAACAACGUGCCGAAGAUCAAGCGAAGACUGGUAAACCAGAUCGACCAACAAAACGACCAAGCGGUAUUCGCAGCGGAAUGAAUACCGUCACAGCUUUAGUCGAAAAAAAGAAAGCACAAUUAGUUCUCAUUGCUCAUGAUGUUGAACCAAUUGAACUCGUUCUCCAUUUACCAACAUUAUGCCGUAAAAUGGGUAUUCCAUAUUGCAUUGUGAAAGGCAAAGCUCGACUUGGUCGUCUUGUUCACUUGAAAACAUGUUCAACAGUUGCUUUAACCGAUGUCAACGCUGAAGAUAAAUCUGGUUUAGGUAAAAUCAUCGAAGCCGUGAAGACCAACUUUAACGAUCGUUACGAUGAAUUACGUCGUCAUUGGGGAGGUGGUGUUUUGGGUAACAAAUCUCAAGCACGUAUCAACCGACUUGAACGUAUCAAAGCUCGAGAAGCAGCACAUCAAAGAAAUGCUUAA